CUCUCUUCUUCUCUCACUCACUCGUUCUUCUCUCUCUUCUUCUCUUCCCCUCUCUAGCAGACGCCCCCAAUAACAGGAUGUUGAUGCUGGACGGGAUGCCUGCAGUCAGAGUCAAAGCAGAACCUCUGGAAUCUGAACAAGGGUCUCCUAAAGUGCGCAGCUACCCUGCUAUGGAGGCGGUGCCCCUCCUGCUGAGUAAAGUCAAGCCCGAGCCGCCCGAGGACCUGCUCUCGUCCGAGCAGUACCAGGGCCAGACCGAGCCCGUGGACCUGUCAAUCAACAAGCCCCGCCCCUCCCCGCCGUCCGCCACCCAUUCGCCCGUCGCCUCUGCCUUUUCUCCGUCCUCGAUAUCCUCGUCGUCUUCGUCGUCGUCAUCAUCGCCGUCCGUCAUCACCUCCAUGCCCUCGGUGCUGACGCCGGGCCCCCUGGUCGCGUCCCCGCCCACAGGCUGUGGAGGUGGGGGAGGAGGUGGUGGUGGUGGAGGAGGUGGUAGAGGUGGAAAUGGCCAGCAGCAGUUUUUGCACAUCAUCCACCCGGUGCCCCCUCCGUCCUCCAGCCCGGGCAAACCCUCGUCCAUCCACCACCACGGCGCCGGGCACCAUCACCACGCGCACCAUCACCACGGUGGGCACCACCAUCACCAUGGAAAUCACCAUGGACACCACAGCCAUGUGCACCGCAUUCCGGUGGUGGUGCAGUCGCUGCCCCUCUUGUACACGGCGGUGCGCUCCCCCGCCAGCCUCAACUCCACCAUCAUGCUCCCCCUACUGGAGGACAACAAGAACAACAGCAAAGCACAAACAGACCCCAACGGCUUGUCGCCAAGACAAAUCAAGAGUGACAGCGAUGACGACGACCUGCCAAAUGUGACCUUGGACAGUGUUAACGAGACCGGAUCCACUGCACUCUCUAUAGCCCGCGCCGUGCAGGACUCCAUGUCUCCCUUCAGUAUUGAGAGCAUUCGGCGCCCCCAGCGCUCCGAGUCACCUGACUCCAAGAAGAGACGCAUCCACAGGUGCGACUUUGACGGCUGCAAUAAAGUCUACACCAAGAGCUCCCAUCUAAAAGCACACAGAAGAACACACACAGGUGAGAAGCCAUACAAGUGUACGUGGGAUGGCUGCACGUGGAAGUUUGCGCGCUCCGACGAGCUGACCAGGCACUACAGGAAGCACACUGGGGUCAAGCCCUUCAAGUGCGCCGACUGCGACCGCUGCUUCUCCCGCUCCGACCACCUGGCACUGCACCGACGCAGGCACAUGCUGGUCUAACCGGACCGAACCACCUGGACCUGCACCUGCACCGACGCAGAAACAUGCUGGUCUGAGCAGCCAGCAAUGGAGCACAACACCAACACCAACACAAACAACGAGCAGCGCAUCACUCAAAAUGGAUGCCAUAUGGAUCUAUCCUACACACAUGCAUAUGCACACACACACACAGAUUGUCACAUGCACACGAACACACUUAUUACCGCCUUACACACAUACACAGACACACACACACACACACACACACACACACACACACACACACACACACACACACACACACACACACACACAUGCGCACACACACACACACACGCACACACAGAGCGUCGUCCUACAGUAUAUUUGCUCUGCUGGAGAGCAGGCUCUCUCCUCUGUUCCUCUGUGGGGCUCAGCUGUGCUGAGUGCCCUUUGCACCA